AGUGUCUCGCCGACAGUUGACUGCUGCACGGCCUCGAGUCCAUACCCCCGCUUGCGUGACUGCAAAUGCACCACUAAUUGUUCACUUAAUCGUUCCUUGUUCACGCUUUGGCCCGGAAUUUGAAAUAUGAACAUGCAGCUAGGAAUGCAGAAUAAAUUGGCGCGCCAUGCGCCAAGCCGUGCUAGCCACGGCAUGCCGGCAGUCUUCAGCUCGCUGGCUACUGGCAGUCGUUCUGCGGUUCAUGCCGCCUCGAGCAUUUGCAGCAGCUCUGGUGCUAAUGCCAGGACAUCGCUGCGUCGGAUGCGGGCACUUCCGGGGCGGCGUGGAAUGCACAUCGCCGCACAGCUCGCGCCUGCCACCUACGCUCCCCCGAAGGCGGAUGCCGUAAUCCUGACGCUGCCCGGAGGCAAGGAGAUCAAGCUGGAGACGGGCGAGAUCGGCCGCCAAGCCAACGGCGCAAUCAUGGCCACCGCUGGCGAGACCAUGCUGUACGCCACCGCCUGCUGCUCAGCCUCGCCCACAGGCGACGGCUCCUUCACACCGCUCACGGUCAACUACGCCGAGCGCUUCUCCGCAGCUGGCCGCACCAGCGGUGGCUUUGUGAAGCGCGACGGCCGCCCUCGUGACGCCGAGGUGCUGGUGAGCCGGCUGGUUGACCGCCCCAUCCGCCCCAUGUUCGCCAAGGGCUGGGCCAACGACACCCAGAUCCUGGAGUGGGUGUUGUCGUACGACGGCGUCAAUGACCCCGAGCCGCUGGCCAUUACGGCGGCGGCGGCGGCGCUGCUCAUCUCGGACAUCCCGCUCAAGAAGGCGGUGGCGGGCGUGCGUGUGGGCAUGAGUGCCGACGGCGGCUUCAUUAUCAACCCCACUGUGGAGGAGAUGGAGACCAGCCGCCUUGACCUUAUGGUUGCGGGCACUCGGGACGCGGUGCUCAUGAUCGAGGGCUUCUGCGACUUUUUGACGGAGGAGCAGAUGAUCGAGGCGCUGGGCAAGGGCAGUGAGGCCAUCGCCUCUCUGUGCGACCAAAUGGAGGCCUGGGCCAAAAAGGUGGGCAAGCCCAAGCGCACGGACGCGGUGGUGACUGUGCCCGAGGAGCUGGAGUCGCGGCUGAUGGAGCUGGUGGGAGACAGCCUCACCGCAGCGUACAAGACCUCGCUGAGUAAGGAGGUGCGCGGUGCGGCGGUGGCGGAGGCGCAGGCACGCGCACUGGAGGCGCUGGCGGCGGAGAGCGGCGCCGCCAGCGGCAGCGAGACCGUUGGCGGCAACGGUAACGGCGGCGGCGGCAGGUCGUACACGCCGCUGCAGAUCAGCAUGGCGCUCAAGGCUGUGGAGAGCCGCUCCAUCUGUGUGGCGACACUGGGCAGUGCCAACGACGCCCUCCGCUCCGACACCAUGCGGAAGCCCGACGGCGAGGACCCCGAGUCCGGCCGCUUCUACCUGCAGUACCACUUCCCGCCCUCCAGUGUGGGCGAGACAGGCCGCACAGGCGCGCCCGGCCGGCGCGAGCUGGGUCACGGCGAGUUGGCUCAGCGCGCCCUGGCGCCCAUCCUGCCCGACCCGGCCCAGUUCCCCUACACAGUCCGUGUGGAGAGCACCAUCACUGAGUCCAACGGCUCCAGCUCCAUGGCGUCCGUGUGCGGCGGCUGCCUGGCCAUGAUGGAUGCCGGCGUGCCCAUUGCUCGCCCCGUGGCGGGUAUUGCCAUGGGCCUCAUCCUGGAGUCCAACGGCCGCAAUGCCGUGCUGUCCGACAUCCUGGGCAGCGAGGACGCACUGGGGGACAUGGACUUUAAGGUGGCGGGCGACCACGACGCCAUCACGGCCUUCCAGAUGGACAUCAAGGUUGAGGGCAUCACGCUGGACAUCAUGGCCAAGGCCCUGCAGCAGGCCAAGGCCGGUCGCCGCCACAUCCUGGACCAGAUGGCAAAGUGCGCGCCGCCGCCCGCAAACACGCUGUCCGCACACGCGCCGCGCAUGAUGCGGCUGCAGAUUGACCCCGACAAGAAGGGCGCGGUGAUCGGCUCCGGCGGGCGCGUGAUCAAGCAGAUCCGUGACGUCAGCGGCGCCACAGCCAUUGACAUCGACGAGUCGGGCAUGGUUGACGUGAUGGCGCCCAGCCAGGACGCCGCGGCCAAGGCCAUUGAGUUCGUCAAGCUGCUGGCCAGCGACCCCGAGCCCGGGACCAUCUUCAGGUCUGGCCUGGUGCACGUGAGCGAGCUGGACGACCCAGCGCCCACAGACGUGGCGGCCGUGGUCAAGGUGGGCGACCUGAUGGACGUGAUGGUGAUGGGCGUGGCGGAUGGAGGCAAGCUGUCUCUGAGCCGCAAGGCCGUCCAGCGCCACGACCGCGGAGAGGAGGUGGAGAUGAAGGCCGGUGGAGGCGGCGGCCGCGGUGGCGGCGGCCGGGGCGGUGGCGGCCGGGGCGGUGGCGGCCGCGGUGGCGGCGGCCGCGGCGGCGGUGGUGGCGGUGGCGGCGACCGUUCCCGCCGCCCGUAAGGCUCCGGACAUGUGCAGCAACCAACCCGGGUGGUGGGGAGGCGGGCGGCUGGGAGAUUGGUGACGUGGUGACGCGAGCGCUGCAGGUUCGGGCUGUGUGUUUUGGUGCGUUGUACGGUAUGCGGUACCGAUAUUCGGACUCGUGCGGAACUAACGCGCGGGUGAGUAGUCGGGCGUGUUACGUGAGUGUCAGGACUUUCAGGAUGGUGGCGAUCUGAUGGAUGGCUAGGUGGCGGGUGCUGCAUGUAUGCGGCGCCGUGCAGCGCCGGGCGCAACUAAGCAACUGCGAGCCAAGACAGUGAGAGUGCCGCCGGCACUCCAGCAACUUGUGCGUUGCUUGGAGUGCGGGUUGCGGCAUCGCAUAAUACACUUGAGUCUGCUUAUGCCCGAGUGUAGGCUGACUUCAGGUCGUAAGCCGUCGUCGUGGGUUGAGUGCAGGGCGUCAGCCGUGUCGAUCUGGGUUCAAGACCUUGCGGCGUGCGUGUGAGUCGAGGCGAUAUGCGCGCUGCAUUUCCUGUGGUGGCGUCUCUUGAGCUUUGUCCGUGGCAUUCGUGGUUAGUUCGGUGGCGGCGUCUCCUAAGCGUUGUCUGUGGUAAUCGUGUUUCGGUGACCACACAGGCCGGCGGCGGUUGUAUGUGUGAGACGAAGCAACGUGGCGCAAAUCAGCUGCGAAUAUGCGGUAGGAUCAGGAGACCAGGGCGACCUGCUCUGUCAGGGAUGGGACAUCAGCGCGCAGGAGCCCGCCCUCUUAUGCAAUCUUCCGCUUUGUCUUGUGAAUGGCCGUCAAGUAUGGCUUUUGUGUUCUUGGUUGAGCUGCAUCAGCUUUAGAGUCACGCACUGAUGCGCAUGCAUGAGGAUGUGGAUCUGCUCAGUGGCUCAGCGCGGAUGUGCGGCCCAGUCCCGCUGCAAGCCUACUUGCCCAGGUCCGGUUCGGCGGCCGGGCGCGCAUUGCCAAGGAGCUUGGCACAAGGCUAAGAUUCCGUUGCAUC